UGGGACGUUGUGUGGGCUCCGUGGACGCUCCACGCUCCGAGGAAGGCUUUUAUUAUUCAACAGUUAUGAACAAGGACUAUCAGAAAUUUGGGGUGUCACCUUCAGAUCCUGUACAUUUUGAAGUGGAUAGCAUGUCAGAAUCAGAUACCAUGAAUGUCAGCAAUCUUUCUCAAGGCUUAACGCUUUCAGAUUCUCCCAUCUGUAUGGAAACCACCAGUACCACUUGUGAUUUGCCUCAGAAUGAAAUAGAGAAUUUUGAAAGGGAAAAUGAGUACAAAUCCACACUUCGUGAAGAUGCUUAUAGCACACAAGACAAUUUGUUAGGCGAUAACAACAUUGAAAAUUACUCAAAGAAUAUACUAAUUCAGCCAGUUGACACUAUCAGCAUAUCUUCCUUGAGACAAUUUGAAACCGUUUGCAAAUACCACUGGGUAGAAGCGUUUGAUGAUGAAAUGACAGAGAAGCCAGAAUUUCAAAGUCAAGUAUAUAAUUAUGCAAAAGACAACUAUAUAAAGCAAGACUCAUUUAAGGAAGAAAAUCCAAUGGAAACUAGUGUUUCUGCAAAUACAGACCAACUUGGUAAUGAGUAUUUUAGACAGCCUCCUCCUAGAAGCCCGCCUCUAAUCCAUUGCAGUGGAGAGACACUGAAAUUUACGGAAAAGUCACUGGCUAAAAGUACUGCCAAGGAAUCUGCCCUCAGCCCCAGUCAACCUCCAAGCUUCUUAUAUAAGGAAAGUACUUCAGUUCCUUCAAAAGAAAUACAGAAUUAUGGGGAGAUUUCUGAGAUGUCAGUCAGUCACCAAAAGGAAGUCACAGCAGAGGGUAUGGAGAGGCCAGAAAUUGUCUCAACUUGGUCUCCGGCAGAUAUCUCCUGGAGGAGUAAAACAUCUCAGGAGAACUGCAAGGUGCCUGACAUGGAGCAAAGCAUUGAAAGUUUACAACCUUUGGAAGAGGACAUGGCUUUAAAUGAAGUCUUGCGGAAAUUAAAACAUACUAACAGAAAACAGGAAGCGCGAAUCCAAGAACUCCAGUGUAGUAAUCUGUAUUUAGAGAAGAGAGUUAAAGAACUACAGAUGAAGAUUACCAAACAACAAGUGUUUGUUGAUGUCAUCAAUAAGCUAAAGGAAAAUGUUGAAGAAUUAAUUGAAGACAAAUACAAAAUAAUCCUGGAGAAGAAUGAUACUAAAAAGACAUUGCAGAAUUUGCAAGAGAUUUUAGCUAACACCCAAAAACAUCUUCAGGAAUCCAGAAAUGAGAAGGAAAUGUUACAGCUUCAAUUUAAGAAGAUCAAGGCUAAUUAUGUGCGUUUACAGGAAAGGUACAUGACUGAAAUGCAACAAAAAAAUAAAUCUUUAAGUCAGUAUUUAGAGAUGGACAAAGCCUUAAGCAAGAAAGAAGAAGAGGUAGAGAGACUGCAACAACUCAAACAAGAACUAGAAAAGGCCACAGCUUCUGCUUUGGACUUGCUGAAACGAGAAAAAGAGACCCGAGAACAAGAGUUCUUGUCUUUGCAGGAGGAAUUCCAGAACCGUGAAAAGGAAAACCUGGAAGAAAGACAGAAACUAAAAUCUAGACUUGAGAAAUUGCUCACUCAAGUUAAAAAUUUGCAAUUUAUGUCUGAAAAUGAAAGAGCUAAGAACGUAAAACUUCAGCAGCAAAUCAACGAAGUAAAAAGUGAGAAUGCAAAACUUAAACAGCAGGUUGCAAGGAGUGAAGAGCAAAAUUAUGUCCCUAAAUAUGAUACAACUCAGUUAAAAGAGCAAUUAGAGGAAGUAAUGAAGUCAGAUAUUACCAAGGAUACAAAAACGACACAGUCUAACCUGCUCCCGGAUUGCUCACCUUGUGAAGAAAAGAGCCUGAAUCCUGAAGAUAACAAAAUAUCUUCUCAGCUGGCCUCCAAAAUGCACAGUCUUCUGGCUCUGAUGGUAGGACUUCUUACGUGCCAGGACAUCACCAACUCUGAUGCUGAACGUUUCAAAGAGAGUGAGAAGGUUAGUGAUACAAUGCUGCAAAAACUGAAGAGUCUCCAUCUUAAAAAGAAAAAUUUAGAUAAAGAGCUACUCAAACAUAAAGAUAGAAUCACAACCUUCAGAGAGUUAAUUGCUAAUGAAAAAUCAUUUCAAGAUCAUGCUGUUGAGGUGACAGACUGUGAUUCAGAUGAAGCCAAGAGUGUCCGAGAUGUACCUACCUUGCUGGGAGCUAAACUGGAUAAGUACCACAGUCUAAAUGAGGAGCUUGAUUUCCUGAUCACAAAAUUGGAACAUCUCCUAGAGUCAAAAGAAAACCACUGCAACAGACUCAUUGAAGAAAAUGACAAGUAUCAAAGACAUUUAGGCAACUUAAUAAAUAAGGUUACAUCAUAUGAAGAAAUCAUUGAAUGUGCUGACCAAAGGCUCACAAUAUCCCACUCCCAGAUUGCACAUUUGGAAGAGAGAAAUAAACAUUUAGAGGAUUUAAUUAGAAAGCCCAGAGAAAAAGCCAGAAAACCAAGAUCGAAAAGCCUAGAAAAUCAUCCAAACUGCAUGACUAUGAUGCCAGAUAUUUUUAAAGAAAAUAGAAAUGAUUUACAUUAAACAAGCCUGAAGAUUCUUCAAUAACCAUUUUUGUCAACCUCUCCAGGAAGAGUCAUUACUACAUAUGCAAGC